CCACAGUUACCACGUUAUUGUCUAAAUUAAUUGCAGAAAUAAAGCCUCUCGAAAAUUCAUUACGUAUAUUGUCAGUAGGAAGAGUAAUCUUAAUGUAUAAUGAUAUAGGUUAUGGAAAGAGUCAAGUCAUGGACUAUAGAAAUGAGUCACUCAUUUACGGAAUAUCUCUUUAAGACUUUUUCACAUUUAGGCAGUAGACUAUAGUUAGAGAGUUGCAGAAAUUCGAUUUCUACUAAUAUCACAAAAACUAUGGCUUCCGACAGUGACCUUGAGGCUUAUUUGAAUCAGUUGAGCAAGAAAACGCAUACACUAAAACAAGAUGUCAAGUCUCAAGGAUAUUCAUUCUCACGCCCUACUAGUGCCACAGACAAGUCACAUGAUACUAUUGAUAUAUCAGAAGAAAGUGAAAGUGAAAUGAGAAAAAAUAAAUAUCCAAAUACAAAUGUAGGAACAGGAGGACCAGGCAAAAUAUCUGAUAUUACUGCUUUAAGCGAAAAAUAUGCUGGAACUUCAUUCAAAAAGUCAAGAGCUCAGGACAAAUUCAGUAAUUUGGAACAAAAGUAUCUCGGGAAAUCGACACGGAAAUUAGAAACUAGAAGUUCUAGUGAUGAUGAGGAAAAAUCCGAUAAAAAUGUACAUAGUGCAAGAGAUACAAAUUUGCAUAAAAAGCAUUCUAACCAAACUGAUUUUCCUAAAACCUCUGGGAAGGAAAGAUCAAAACCCAGACUUCUAGAUUCUGAAUCUUCUAUUGAUGAGGACCUUGCAAGGUAUUUGAAUGAUAGUUUAUCAACUGGAAAUCUCAGGAAAGUAAACAACAAUUCAGAAACUGGAAAAUCUGAGUUAAGUUCAGAUGACAGUGAAGACAGAGGAAGCAAUAUUUUCAAUUUUCAUAAUAUCAUGACUGUUGCAGACAUUAUGGGUCAUGUGACAGAUGAAGGGGAAAGCAAAGUUCAAGAGGAAGAAAUAAGGGAAAGUCAGCAUUCCAUAUCUUCUGAAGUUUCUGAACUAUGUACAGAAGAGAACACAAGUCCUCAUAAGAAAAAAGAAACUGAAAAUUACAACAGGAAGAAUGCAAGGGUAGAAAAUGUUUUGGUUUCAACAACUGGAAGCAUUUUUCACUCUUCACGGCGUAAUUCUACAUCGUCUAUAGCUGAAGUGAUUCUGAGUCGGAAAAAUUCCAAGAUAGACCUGGACUCAAAAGGAGAAUACUUAGGAGUGUAUCGUGAAGAGAGUUUAGAGGAAAGUGUUCCAGAGAGUGUCCCUAACUCUGCAUCUGGUAGUGAGGUUGCUGAGGCACUUGAGGAGAGUUCUGUUAGUAAUGAUCUGAAGACACAGCUCAGUAGCAGCUCAUCAGAGAAUGAGGAUAGUCAGCAGUUUAAAAAGAGUAUUACAGAAGAACACAUGGAGGACUCACCAAAAAAUAUAUCUGCAAGUAAUAGAAAAGGAUCUGAAGACAAGAUUUAUAAAGAUGAUACAGUGUCAAGCAAUGUUGAGGGGAAACAGUUCAAAACUCAAAAGAAGAAUGAGAAUCAUUCCAGGCAAAGUGAAGCCACAGAUUCUUUAGUAAAUGAGAAAAAGAAACCAAAUAAGACAGGAGCAAAAAGCAAAUUAUCAAAACAUCAUGGGCACAGAGGAAAGAAAAAGAAAAAGAAGUACAUAUCAUCCUCCAGUUCCACAUCUUCAUCAAGUAGCAGUGAGACUUCCAGUGAAGAAGACAAGCCUUAUAGGCAUCGUUCCUCAAGGAGGCACAGACACAAGCAAAAGCACUACUUCAAUCCUUGGGAGAUGCCUCCAUACAUGAAUCCAUGGAUGGCUAUUCGUCCUCCACAGCAAGCAUAUUUUACAACAGGGCCCAUUGAAACUAGCUUUAUCCCCAGGGUUUCUGAAGGCACUUUUUCAAUGAGAAGUAUGGUGGGUGCAGAUGAACUACUAAAGCAACAAGUUGCCCUGACAAGGCAAUUUCUGGAUUCACAGAAAUCCUUAUAUCAUGCUUACACUGCAACACUUACAUCAUCACACCACUACACAUCACUGCUGGAAACUGAGAAGUAUAUUGCAGCGAGGAGGAAACCACCGCUAACCUUUGAUGAAGCUUACAAAAUGGUGAAAGAGGAAAUGAAAGCUUCGAAGAGAUGAUAAUGGGACCAUCACGUAAUGACUUUUGCUUUUUUAUUCAGGCUGUGAUAUUGAAGAUUCUAGUCACUUUAUACCUCAUAUCUGUACUAUCUUCAACAGUUGUAUUUCUACAAAGAUUUAAAUGUAUUUGUUGAUAUAUCAGAAUCUACUAGUACUGUUAUGUUUGUAACUAUAUCCUAACCACAGCAUUUAACAACUCCUCCCAACUGCAAGUGUUCUAAUGACAGAAUUGUACACUAUUUUACCAGUAAUAAAGCAUUUUAUCAGA